AUGGCAGACCAUAACGACCAUGACACUCAAUCCUCAAAGGAACAACAUGAAAACGGCAUCGACAAAAGGCACGGACAGGAGACCACGCGACCACCAUCCCAUCCUGUGUCGCGUGCACUAUGGAAUUUCUCAACCCAAUGGUUCCUAGUACCCCAAGGCACCGGAAUCAUCUCUUUAAUCCUUCACCAACUGGACUAUCAAUUUAGCGGGAUAGAAGUCAUAUCCGUGGUUAUUUGGAUAUACACCAUCAUCCUGCUCGCGCUAUGCCUAUUCGUCUACCUCCUCCGCAUCAUCCUAUAUCCGCGACAUGUCGCCCGCGUACUGCGAACGAGUAUCAUUGAAACCGCAUGCCUGGCUAGUGUUCCCAUUACCUCCACCUCAAUCAUUCAGAUGACCACUCUCGUCCUGGUGCACUCAUGGGGCAAAGCAUGGGGAAUUGUCUCAUACGUGCUUUGGUGGAUUGACACGGGUAUGGCGGUGGUGGCAGUCAUGGUCAUCCCGUAUGUCUUUGCCAAGGUCCAACCGCCGGGUGUGAAAGCCAUCCUACCGGGUGUGUUACUACCGUUGAUAUCAGCCUUAACCUCUGCUGCCGGUGGAGGCGUCAUUUGUGUAUACGGACAAAUUAGUUCACGUCUCCAAAUUCCCGUCAUCAUCGUCUCGUACCUAGAGGUCGGCCUUGGACUUCCAAUGGCCCUCGGAUUGAGUGAGAUCUUUGCGACUCGUCUUUUUGACCGCUCCUUUCCUAAACUUGAGCAAAUAUACCAAGACAUGAUUCUCUGUGGUCCAUUCGGACAGGGGAGCUUUGCUUUACAGGUCCUCGGACAGGCAGUAUCCAAAGGCGCCUUUGCGGAAUACAAUCGUGGCACAUUCUUGACAGCUCAAGCUGCACAGCCAGUUGCCUUUGCGAGUCACCUUGCAGGUCUGCUUUCUUGGGGAUACGGGACGUUUUGGUGGUGUUUUGCGAUCAUCAGCAUUGUGCAUACGUUUAUCUCGCAGCCGGGUGGGAUUCGGGAGUCGCAGUUUAGUAUGUCAGCUUGGGCGUUGGUUUUUCCUUGGGGGGUUUACACAAAUGGCGCUGUACAGCUGGGGAAGAUUAUGGAUGCACCGGCAUUCAAGGUAUGGUCUACAGCGUUAUUUAUUUUGUUGCUUAUCAUUUGCAUUACCCUUCAUAUCUUCACUAUCAAGGGUUUGGUUACCGGAAAAGUAUUGGGCCUUGCGCAUGGUUGGAGGAAAAGUGCUUAUAGAGAUGACACUGAUGAUAAGGAGGCUUGA